GUUUGCUCUAUGUAGAACACUGCCUCGCGACUUGCCAGCACGUACGCCUGCACGGCUGCCACUCUGCUGCGGAUGGCUGUGCUACAAUCAAGCCGCAGCCGGUGCCGAUAUGUCGCCACGUAAUGGAUACCUAGUUUUAUUGACUCAGUGUUCAGCCGCACGGAACGAAACGCGACGGGGCAAUUGGCGACAACGUGAGUGCGAAAGCGCGCCGAGAAAUAUCAAAACGAGAUCCAGCAGCUUCGCCGUCAGGACAACACGGUGCGACAAAUCCCGAAACUCGAAAAUGAACGGCCUCUCGAUCGGCAUGGCCGUAGUGGGGCUCGCGCAAGCGGCGGCCCAGAUCGUACGCCUCCUGUCUGGGGUAGCCGAUGCGCCCUCGAUUUCACGUGACGUGAUCGCGGAGGUGGGGUCCAUGGAAGUCAUCCUGCGUCUGCUUGAGACGUUCGUGCUCGGUUCCGCCGCCCACAACGAAGAUCGCACAUCCCUCGUUCGUGUCGAUGACCUCGUUACCAUCCUGACCAGCUGUGUCUGUGCCUUCUCCGAGCUCCACUUUAUCCUAGACGGCUGCGACACCAGCGACCCGGAUGCGACUCGAGUGACUCUCUGGGAUCGAGCCCGAUGGGCGGCGAAGUAACCAGAACUCGUUCGGGUGUUGAGGAAUCUACAAAGCCACAAGAUUUCGGUGAGUUCGUUUCUGGCAAUGUUAGUUCACUCCGUCAGUCAUGUUUUCUGCCAACAUGUCCAUCACUGAUCUUGGAGUGUAGGGUAACUGCGGUCGAAGGGCGGAACGAGAGGCAGGAACUCAGGGACCUCAUCACGAUUUUGCGACGCGACGUGGAUCUCGAUCAGCGGAUGGUGUCUUUCGCGUCUA